AUUGGCAGCGCAGAUCGAUAUUGAGCAGGGCUGGUGUUUUUAGAGAGAAAAUCCGGAUGAGAGAAAGCGUCCUUCAGAACUCAGUCAUGUAUUAAGCAGUGACAUCAUUGUGUUGGUUAUAAAUAUCUCCGUGUGUGCCAGGCCAGCGGAACCACUCCAGCACACCAGCAGCAGCUACACACACCGACCACCGCGCGGCACCGCUGGGGUAAUGCCCACGAGCGCUUCUGGAACUGGACGUGUUCUAGUGUGCGCACGGUUCCUCGUGCACUGGCACUACCCACAUAGCUUUUCUGUGAGCUCGGGAUCCACUACAACAACACCAUGAUCGAAGAAGAAGAAGUGAACUAGCAGAGCCAGAGGACAGACAGAGUUUCCUUUUUGGAAGAAUGAAUGUUCCUCUCUCCCUUUUUACCUUCGCUCUGCUGCAAUUGAUUUGCGCUGCUGUGGUCUCCGUCUCCGCCGCCGUAGUCACUGGAUCCCUUGGAUACGUCUCCUUGGAGGACCAACUUCUGGAAGCGGGUACAAUCCGUGGUUCGGGACGCAGGACUUGCAGGCUAUACUGUCGGGUUGGCAUUGGUUUCCAUCUCCAGAUACACACCGACGGACGAGUGAACGGCAGCCAUGAACCCAAUCCGUUAAGCGUCCUGGAGCUCUUUGCUGUAUCUCAGGGCGUCAUCGGUAUCCGAGGAGUCUACAGUAACAGAUUCCUGGCCAUGAACAAGAGAGGAAGGCUUCAUGCCGUGGAGCGGUUCACGGACGACUGCAGAUUCCGGGAGCGUUUCCAAGAAAACAGUUACAACACGUACGCCUCGGUGUUGCACCGGAACCACCGGACGGGACGGGACUGGUACGUGGCCCUGAACAAGAGAGGCAAAGCCAAGAUGGGCUCCAGCCCCAGGGUCAAAUCGCAGCACGUCGCCACGCACUUCCUCCCCAGGCUCAACCUGCACCACCUGCAGAGCGAACGAGGCUUCACCAUCACCAACAGGAGCAAAGAGAGGAGGAACAGCCGACCGGUAGCAGUGGUGCCUAAACCGCCCUCGCAGCCGAAGAUUAACCUCAAUGCAGGAACAGGGAAGAGGGUGCAGACUGUCAAGUACUGGCCGAAGUUUCGGUUUGGAUAGACUGAGGAGAGGUUCAUGUCAUGGAAGACUGUAGGUUGAGUACUGUAGCCUGGAAUCAAUGAUGGGAUUCAGGAUUGCCGGACUGCUGAAGUGAAACAAUGGUGACAACAAGAGUUCCAGGCUAUGUGGAUUGGAUUAGGGUUGAAUAGCAGGAACUGCGUUACAGAGAUUUAGCGAGAUUUACCGCCUAAACCCACUCCCUUUUCCCAGGAUAAAUAACUGCAAGAAACCGGUAAAUUAUACACUGAAC